AUGAGCAACGUGACUGUCCUCGACACCUCGGAACCCUCUGACCUUGAUAUGACCCAGUCUGCCGCCCCCUACCCCGUCAGCUUCCAGGUGUCGCUAACAGGGUUCCUGCUGCUAGAGAUCGUGCUGGGCCUAAGCAGCAACCUGACAGUGCUGGUCCUCUACUGCAUGAAGCAGAACCUCAUCACCUCCGUGUCCAACAUUGUCACCAUGAAUCUGCACGUCCUAGACGUACUAGUGUGUGUGUCUUGCAUCCCUCUGACUGCCGUGGUAAUACUCCUCCCCCUAGAGGCUGAUACAGCGCUGGUCUGCUGCUUCCACGAGGCCUGUGUCUCCUUCGCUAGCGUAGCCACUGCCUCGAACGUGCUAGCCAUCACUGUCGACCGCUACGACAUCUCAGUGCGUCCAGCCAACCGCAUGCUAACCAUGGGCCGCGCCGUGGCUCUGCUGGGCUUAAUUUGGGCUAUGUCCUUCUUCAGUUUCCUGGUCCCCUUCAUGGAGGUGGGCUUCUUCAGCAAUUUUGGCUCAGAGUUCGUCAACCAGACUGCAGUUGCCUCUGUGGUCCAUACUAACGAGUACUACACAGAGCUGGGGCUGUACUACCACCUCCUGGCUCAGAUCCCCAUCUUUUUCUUCACGGCCGUAGUCAUGCUUGUGACCUACUACAAGAUACUCCAGGCCCUGAACAUCCGCAUCGGGACCCGCUUCCAACACAACCAGCCCAAGAAGAAGCCCCACAAGAAGAAGACCAUCUCCUUGACCACCGCAACGCAGGUGGAAUCUACAGAUGCGUCCCAGGGCAGCGGGGCAGUCAGAGGGGGCGGAAACCCACCUGCGGUCCUGUCGAUGCGGACCUCCGUCUCCGUCCUCAUGGCUCUGCGCAGGGCCGUUAAACGCCACCGGGAACGGCGGGAGAGGCAGAAACGUGUCUUCAGGAUGUCCCUACUCAUCAUCUCCACCUUCCUGCUCUGCUGGACGCCCAUCACAGUCCUCAACACGGUCAUCCUCAGCACAGGGCCCUCAGACUUCACGGUCAAGUUGCGGUUGGGUUUCCUGGUCAUGGCCUACGGGACAACCAUCUUUCACCCACUGCUCUACGCCUUCACCAGGCAGAAGUUCCAGAAGGUGUUGAAGAGCAAGAUGAAGAGGGUGGUGUCCGUGGUGGAGGCUGAGCCCACGCCCAACAACGUGGUCAUUCACAACUCCUGGAUCGACCCCAAGAGGAACAACAAGAAAGUCACCUUCGAGGAGACUGAGGUCAGGCAGAAGUGUCUAUCUUCCCAGGACCUGGAACAAAACAACAUCGUCUGUCAUCCAUGA